UGGUGAGAGUAAAAAAUCACUGAGGCAAAGUUACCGCGAAGGGAUGGAGCAAGGCACUAGGACCUAGGAGGCGUCUCAUCCACCCUGGCAGGAAUUUCUUGCUUGGAGCUCAGACAACAAAGGCAGAGUGAGCCUGGUUUUCUUUCUCUCAGCAUCUCCACCCUGAGCGCUGAAAACCGCUUCAGAUCUUUAGGGUUCACCAAACUAUGGAACUUGAUUUUGGACACUUUGACGAAAGAGACAAGGCGUCCAGAAACAUGCGAGGCUCACGGAUGAACGGGUUGCCCAGCCCCACUCACAGUGCUCACUGUAGCUUCUACAGAACCAGGACCUUACAGGCACUGAGUAACGAGAAAAAAGCCAAGAAGGUGCGUUUCUAUCGCAACGGGGACCGCUACUUCAAAGGGAUUGUAUAUGCCGUGUCCUCUGACCGCUUCCGAAGUUUUGAUGCCCUCCUGGCCGACCUGACCCGGUCCCUGUCCGACAACAUUAAUCUGCCUCAGGGAGUCCGUUACAUUUACACCAUCGAUGGCUCGCGGAAGAUCGGGAGCAUGGACGAGCUGGAGGAAGGGGAGAGUUACGUCUGCUCAUCUGACAACUUCUUCAAGAAGGUGGAAUACACCAAGAACGUCAACCCCAACUGGUCUGUCAACGUGAAGACAUCUGCCAACCAGAAAGCACCUCAGUCUCUGGCCAGCAGCAACAGCGCCCAGGCGAAGGAGAACAAAGAUUUUGUGCGUCCCAAGCUGGUGACCAUCAUCCGCAGCGGGGUGAAGCCCCGGAAGGCAGUGCGUGUGCUCUUGAACAAGAAGACUGCCCAUUCAUUUGAGCAAGUUCUCACUGACAUCACCGAAGCUAUAAAACUGGAGACAGGAGUGGUCAAAAAGCUGUAUACCUUGGAUGGGAAACAGGUGACCUGUCUCCAUGAUUUCUUUGGGGAUGAUGAUGUGUUUAUCGCCUGUGGUCCAGAAAAAUUCCGCUAUGCACAGGAUGACUUUUCUCUGGAUGAAAGCGAGUGCCGGGUGAUGAAGGGGAGCCCUGCAGCUGCCACGGGCAGUAAGUCCUCUCCCACCCCUCAGAAGAGCUCGGCGAAGAGCCCAGCGCCCAUGCGCCGCAGCAAGUCUCCAGCCGAUUCAGGUAACCAUCAAGAUGCAAACGGGACCUCAAGCAGUCAGCUGUCCACACCCAAAUCCAAGCAGUCCCCGAUCUCCACACCCACCAGCCCAGGGAGCCUCCGUAAGCACAAGGUAGACUUGUAUCUGCCUCUGUCUUUGGAUGACUCUGAUUCCCUUGGAGAUUCCAUGUAGAGCGACACGGAGCUAAAUGUCCAUAUUGCAAGCAUUGUCUGAGAUACAGCAAAGCACUUCUGCCAAAAUAAGCAGAUAGGUGACUGGUGCUUUCAAAUCAAAGGACACACAGUUAUAUGUCUUUUUUUUUUUUUUCCUGUGAUUUAUCCUCUGUGCCACAAAUCAACACCUGCCAGUCUAUAGAGAUAGAGGGAUACCAUUCGUCUAAGUUACAGGGAUGCAAAAUGGACAUUGUGAAAAAUUUGGGGCAUUUUCGUGCAUUUCCCACUUUCUUCUAUUAUUUCUUCUUCUGCUGCAGCUAUGUAAUUUUCCUAGUGAUAGUAAAGUAGCUCCCCUGGAAGUGUGCAAAUGGAUCCCUUGCUGACCAGUUUGCAAGCUCAAGUAGAGCAAAUGAUGUUCUCCACCUGCCCAAACUGCCAGCAUUUGCCAGCUCACCUGUUCCUGAUUUACAGCCCAAAUUUAGCACCUGCAUACUAACUAGUAUUGGUUUUAUUUUUGGAGGGCAGGAAGGGAAAUGACUUACUAGUUUGAUGCUUAAUAUGCCAGCAGAAGCUUGGCUGAGAUUAGGAAUGGUUGUGUAAGAUGCUAAGUAAGGUUAGUACAAUAAUUCAAAUUAUUCAAAUAUUGGGAUUUUAAAAAAAAACUUAAGCAAAAAAACCAUAAAUCAGUUCUCUGGAGUGGAACACCUUCCACAAACAACCCAAGGGUACUGCUAGAUGGUAAGAAAUAUUUAUACCUCCCCUAUGGUAUCUCUCUAUCUCUGUUUGUAACAGUAAUGCCUUGUGAACAGCCAACACUGAAAACACUGUGAGAAUUUGUUUUCAGGUUUGACACCCUAUAGAUCACUUUUUAUAGCAAAAAAUCAAUACACUUUUUAUAAAGGAAAACCUUGUAUCUGUGUUUUGGGAGUAAGGAUUCAAGCUCCUUCUUUUUUAUAAAAGCUGGUAAUUUUCAUUUGUUUAAAAAACACGCUCAGAAAAAAAAAAAGUACAAAAAAACAACCACAACUGCAGAACAAUAAUAACAGCAACUCAGUUUAGAAAUCUUGUCAUCACUGCCAAAACAGACACAUGUAGGGGAAAACAAAAGGUCAAUUCAAAAUAUCGAAUGUUUUGAUAGUUUUUGUAAUGUUUAAGACUACAUAUUUGGUUUUUUUACACUUCAGUAUUCCUAACUAUGGCCAGAUUCUCUACUUAUAUAAAAAAUUGAAUUUUGUGGUGUUAACCCACCCCCAUAUUUUAAGAAACUCUUCUAUCUGAUAAAAACAAACUUGCUGUAUUUAGAGAAACCUUUUGCUUUUAUUAAUCAGUAGUGACUCCUACAGAAUGCAAAGUUCAUCUCUUCACACAGGGCUGGUGGUUUUUACUACACUGAAGCUUUGUCAUAGGCCAGCUGGCAUUGCCUCCCUUCCUCAUGGAAUAAGCUUUGAUGGAACUGAUUAUUACAGAACUUUACCUAAAUGAAAUCUGUGCAAUCAAAUAUUUCUUUGUUGCUCUAUUUGCCUUUCUUUUUUUUUUUCAACAUAGACAUCUGUUCCUAUUGCCUUGCAACCCCUUGUGAUUGGAAUGAAUUAUACUGUUGUGAUGUUUGAUGCUACAUGGAUGCUGGGUUGUUCCCAAAGCCACUCCACGUUUUGUUUGCUUGCAUUGCAGGUAUGAAACAAUCUGUGCAGGCUGCAUCUUUAGAGGUUCAUGUGAUCUUACAUAGAAUGCAACUUAAAAAAGAGAUUUAUCAGAGAGAGGUCAGGACUGGGAAUUAUCAAGGGGUCAGAGUUAUCAUGCACCAAAUUUGCACCCAGUAGUCUUAGUGCAUGGUCAUUUACACCCAGAGUUUUGCACCAGAAAUCAUUUGUUCUUACUAAUAACUUCAUUUAAUUUAAUAACUCUCUGACUGCACGACUGCUAAAUGAUCAUUUUACCUAUUGUAAAUAGAAUCCUGGGGUUAGUUCAAAGGCUAAGGGCUCGUGUAGAAGGAUGGUAGUGUGGACAAAGCAUAGGUGCAGUAGUCAGGACACCUUUCAGCUCUUGGCAUUGCUAAAUUUAGUGUCUGAAUGGGAGCAGGUCUCUUGGUAACCCUGUGCCUCAAUCUGUCUGUCUGUCCCUGCAGGGACAGCACUGUUCUACCUCACUGGGGGUUGUGAGGCCAAAUGUUGGUUAACAUUUGUACAAUGCUUUCAGAUCCUCUAAUAGAAGGUGCUGAAGUAUUCUGGGUGCAGAUUUGGUUAUGGGUGCUAAUUUUUGGCUGUUUAAUCCUGUGAGUGCUACUGUAGACACUGGCCACGAGCAAACAGGACUUAUUAAGCAUUAGGAUGUCAAAGGCCGUGGUUACACUAACAGUAUUAUUCAUCAGAGCUUUUGUGUUAGGAAAAGCUUUAGGGGGACAGAUAAUUUGAUAUGGUUUUACCCUCUCCUCUGUUCUGUUGGUGGAAAUCUCAGAGUCCCUCCCUGAGUCUGCCUUUCCAGGGACCCUGAUUAGUAGCCAUGGAUUGGACUCCAGUCAAAGGUGCUGUUCACAUACAGUGACACAGACCAUUCCUGUCACAGUCAGGGUGAGCAUGUCCUGCCACCUUUCCUCAGCUAAACCAAGAGACCAGCCACGAAAAAAAAAUCACAUCUAGGUCCUCUUGAUGUUCAGUACAGGACACUCACUGUAGAUCCACCAGGAAACCUAAAUCUUUGCUAUCCUGAACUGCUUUUAGCAGCCUGAACUGCUGGAGCUGGUGGUGAGGAGUAGGAAGGGAGUCUGAGAUGUGCUUUCAUCCAGUAUCCAUGAGUGCAGUUUGUGUAAGAUAAAGCAGGAUCCUGAGACAUGAAUGAUCCUUUGGAUGGAUGGAUGGUUGUUGAAGCAGCUGUUGAGAAGUGGUUCCUUUCCUUCCUGCCACGAGUAGUGUUUGGUUAUUUGAGGAUGUUUUUCCUGGUGGAGCAUGCUAAGGAAUCACUGAGGCCUUCUUCCUGAGCUGCACCUAGUGACACCUCUAAAGCCUGAUCCUGCAAGUUCUCCCUUGGGAGUGGAGAUUUUUUGGGCACGAGGAUCAUCCUGUGAUGGGGCUGAGCCUAAAAAUUCCUUCAGGGAAUUAGGGGGACCUUGAAAAGGCCUAAAAGAAUAAAAAAAUAUAAUUGUUCAGUGGGAAAAAUAGCCAUUCAAACCAGCAGAAACCACAAAGAAAACAGGGUAUGAAGUCAGACUCCCAAGUUUUAAUAAGCAAUUUUCUAGGUAGAAAUGCCUGGGCAGUAGAAGUCAGUGAGCAUUUCAGCUGUAGCAUAGAGUUAAGUCUGUAUUAAUGCCAAUAUUGCAUGAGUUCUUGUACAGAAAUGCAUGUGGAAUGUUACAUACAUUCAAAACUAGUUAUCUUUGGCUUUGUAGGAUCCCUAACAUAGAUUUGAAUACAAAGAGAAACAGUGCACAGGCAUCAGACCUUAGUUAUUUAAAUAUAAGGACAGUUCAGGAAAGAACUUAAAGAUGUGCUGAAAUUUUAGCACGUGCUUUACUCCUGUUGAUUUUUCAUAAGCUUAAGCUUGGGUUUGGUCAGAAAGCUUUCCUGAACUGCAGUGAAUUAGUAAGUACUUUCAAUAUACUAUAGCAAUUCCAGACCCUGUGAGAUUCUGGAGCAGAUUAUAGUAAUUCCACUAUAUACUCCAGAGUUUACCUUUUGUAAUUUUUUCUACUUUUACAAGCACAUAAAACUCCACAGGAUAUGAGGAUUUGCCAUAUUAAUUCUACUAUAAAAACCCUGUCUAAUUUGCCUCAUGAGGCUGCCUUUAGUGUUUUCAGAGACUAAUUGAAUCACUAAAACUAUAUUGUUUUAAAACAAUACGGUAUUUAAAAACAAAUUGGAGAGACUCUUAAAGUAGUAGGGCUUCAUUUCUUUGAAAUCUGCCUUUAUUCAGUAUAUUUUAGCAAAUUUGCAUACACACUAAAGACACCUGUUUCAGAUACACAGUCAUUAGGAAGGAAUUGGAGCAAUCCUCCAAGCCUUGACUGAUGUGUUCAGAAUUCAUACAUUCAGGUGAUGAUCUUGACUGUAGAAGAUCAGGGCAAGGCAACAAAAUCUUCAGCCUUGGGAUUUUUAUCACUUGUAAAGCAUUUAUAAUCCCGAAGCUUCUGAGUUAAAGCCUCAUCUGUUAUAAGAUUUGGAGCUAGUUCAGUUCCACCAGCUAAACAGUCAGCCAAGACCCUACACCUUGAAGUAAUUUUGCAAGAGUUUGGUAAUGGGAUUUUACCUUGGUUUGCCCUGUGGUGGGAGCUGGAAGUAGCUUUUGCUUACCAUUGUCUGUCUUUCCUGUAUCUGCACAUUAUUUACAAUCUUCUCAGGAGCUAGAAACACUAAUUGUGUUACUUUCAUAGGCAAUAGAAAAAGAAUUCUGCUUAGAAAACAACUUCCACAUCUCUUUCAUCCUAAGCUAACACACACAUAUGCAUGCAAAAAAAUCACACGCUCAGUCCAGCUGCUGUUUUUCCUCUCAUUUGCUUGUUCAGUACUUUUGAAGGGAAAAAAAGAGGAGGUAGGACCAAAAAUUGUGGCCAACAGCAAAACAAUGUUACACCCAGGCAUUUCCAACAGGAAAUAAUGGCAUUAAAGUGUUAGUUUCUCCUUAUCCAUAUGGAUGCUGAUGGCAUUUUCUAGGAUGCCUUGUCUUUGCUUUUUCACGCCCUUGAGGUCGGCACUGCUCUUCUUGUUGCUUCCCGGAACACCUUGUGGAGGUGCUGUGGAAUGCCACGCUGAAUCCCUGCACAGACACUGUUCCAGAGUCAGCCAUCCCUGGAAGUGGCAUCCUCUCUGCAGGGGCACAGUGUGGACUUUACAGUGUGAGCCCUCCCUAGAGCACUGAGAGCCCGUGAGUGAUUUUGCCAUUGACCUCAGUGGUACCCCACAGCCAUGCAAAGGUAUCAGAGAGUUCUCUUACUGUAGUAGAGGCAGAAUCAUUUUUAGAAAGAGGAAUGAAAUAUAGCCAAGUAAAUUAGAUAUAAAAUUAGUCUAGAAAGUGUCUCCUCAAGCUAAGACAAUCCACAACCAGAGAAAAGCUAUAUAAAGGUGUGUUUGCCACACACAAGGUGCUGAUCACGACCACAACAAAACACCUUUUUUCACGUGGUGACUUAGGCUCCAAGUUAUUUUUCUGGUUGCUGAUGGAAGCAGGCUGGGACAGUAUUUGGGACUGGUGAAGUUCUUUGUAGAAGCAAAUGGAGGGCACAAGAUGAAGCUCUUUUUCCGUGUAUCUAAAGAGUCAUGUCAGUCCAUGCAACAGGACAAGUGCUUUACACAAGAUUCCUAGAAGAGAUGCAGCUGAAACACCACCUUGGUGUAACGAGACCAAGAAGGUUAAGAAGUGCCUGCUAACAUGCUUUGGGCUUCAGAAGCAGAACUGUUCAUGUGCCCAGCAAGGCCUUGGUGACAAUGGCCUUGACAAAAGGGGACAGGGCAGACUUUGAUUCUUGAGGUAUUUAGCCCAUCUUGCAUUUAUUCAACCAGCUCUGGGAAAUUGUUGUGUGCAGAAUCACAGAUUUCUUCUGCCUGAUGCCUCUGUCCCACCUGUAUGAAUCUGAGCAGGCCUCUCCACAGUAUCUCAGGAAAUGUUAAAGCUGAGUCUAGUGUCUUACAGAGCAACUGCUCCUCACUGUGGAGUGAACUGGGCUGGGUUCUGCUACACUGGUUAUUGAUUCUGCCAUUCAGAUAUUCUUUACCCUCUUUCUUUCCUCCUGGCUUGAGAGUUGGUGUCUCAUUCUGGGUGCCUCCCAGUGAAAGGCUGGGGCCAGUAAUGUGUGUGGACCCCUCAUUUUGUUUUGUUUCCUUCUGGAACAGAUCUCCAGUCAUUUGAUAUUUGUCUGCAGGUCUGGGACCAAGCUGACUAAAAACCAUGUUUUAAUAGGGAGAGGGGAGGUGCACAGAGAAUAUAAGUAGGUGGAUAGAAAGGCUUUUUCCAGCAAUGCCAUUGCACAGCUCUCUGAUGGAAUCCCAGCUGUAGAGCAGGGACUGUGGAGCUUUGGGGUCACAGACCCUAUACAUCCCUCAGGACACUGUUUAGAGAAGGUUAAAAAUACUGACACUUAUUUUUGGCCAAUAGAUGAGCUCCUGAGCAAAGAAAAAUCAAACCUAGUGGAUUCAGCAGUGGGAUUUCAGAGCAACUGGGAUGUCAAAGCUGUUAGUCUUUGGCAUAACUCUGGACAAAUCACUUUUCCUUGUGCCAUGGUGUGCCACUGCAUGAAGGACUGAUUAUAACACUGCUAUUUGUAAGGUGCUUUGAGAUAAGAUGAUACAAAGAGCUUGCUUUUAAUACUUAUUCAUUACUUAGAGAAGUCUGAGUACCUUAUAGAAGCAAACUAUGGUCCAUUGUCUUUGGAAAACCUCUUGAGGAACUCUGUUUCUCACAAAACUGCUGUAAAAAUGCUUCAUUAUUUUAGUAAUGGUGAAAGACAAACACCUCAUUUUUAGUUCCCCCCAAAAACCCGUGGAUGAGUCAGCAACAUCCCUGGCAGCAAGGCCAUAUCCACAUCCAGCAGCCCCUUUCUCUCAUCUGGAGUUGCCACCUCUGGCCUGCAUACAGACCCUGCUACCCCUCUUUUUAUUGCAUGUACAUGUAAGUCUCUGGAGCAAUUCAUGUUACUGUUCAAAGUAUGGGCUUUGUGCUUGUAAACAGUGAAUAAGUCUAAUUAUUUCAGUAGCUUUCUAUCAAGAAAACAGUGGGGCCGUUGUUGAAACCCUUCUAGUUUAGAAAGUAUUCAUGGCUAGAUGGCUACACGGGAGAGAGCUGCCUUUCAGUUGCCUCGCUUAGUGCACUUACUUGAACUCACCUGUUCUGGCUCUUGCUCUUUAUCUCAAUGAACUGUAACUCAGGACUCUAGAGCCAGUUCAGAUUUUCCCUUGGUCAGACAGUUUAUCACUCAAACAACUGAAGAAGGAGAAUGCUGAAAGGGAAUUAACAAAUCUUUGCAGUAAUUAGUCUGUCAGCUGAAAAAAGGAAGUUGGCAUCAUUAGGGAAAGAUGCUGUGAUGGCCAUUGUCAGGGGAAACAAAGGGAAAGGGCUUGUUUCUUAGGGGAAUGGUGGGGAACAUUUGUUAGGAGGUAGUUACUGAGUGAUGGAAUGAGCUUGAACUGAAAGGAAAAUCAAAUGGCAGGGAAAGCAUGAGAUGGAGCACUGGCAAAUCAGUGCCCUUGAUGUGUGGGAAUAAUGAAAGAAAAAAGCCAAGAAAUUCUAGGGACAAACAAAAGUGGGGGGGGGGGUGGCUGAGGCUGACUGAGGAUCUUCGGCUCGGUUUGGACAGAAGGAGCUCCUGGCUACUUGUGGAGAAAGCCCUUGCCCCUGCAGGUACCUAAGCCAGGGUUCAGGCUAAUCUGCCACAGCAGUGUGUCCCACUCCCAAAGGCAGAAAUAAGGUCACUCUUGGCUGCAGGCAGGAGAACUUGGCUUGAAGUUCUUCCCCUACUCCUGUUUAACUCUCUUGCCAGCACGUGUCAUCCCUAAAACGGAGAAGGAAGAUCCAGCCCUCUGGUGAACAACAGCACCAACCUGUGGUUUGGUUUUAUUUAUAUUCUUCUGUAUCAGAUCAUUGCAUGAUCAACAUGCCCUGGCUUGGAGAGGUCAGGCCUGGCACACCAGGGAGUUGCAGGAUGUGUGCAAGAGAAUAAUAAGGGCACCUCUGGGUCUCCUGUCCCUUCCCAUGGAAAUCAACAAACUCUGAGAAAAGUAGUAACCCACUUGCACCAGGGUGAAAAGCCAAAAGCUACUGGAGGAGGUUUUCUUGAUUUGCUGUGUGGGCAGAGGGGCUGAUGAUCAUCUUGUCCAGGAAAUGACCAGCUGUGUGUGAAAGCUGCAGCAGACAAUACAGCAAUGGGAAGUCUGUGCUGGACAAGAGGGUCUGUGUUUAACACUGGUUUCCUCAUAAGAUCUUUUUUUCUAUAUUUGUUUGAGUUCAGUUAAUUUAAUCCUAAAACACAAAAUAACUGAUGUAUCUGAACACUUCUUUUUUUUCUGUAUGUUCUCAGAUUUUUUUUCACUGAAAAAAGAGAUGAUAAAGAUUGCAUCUCUUUGUUUCUGUAGAUUCUCCAAUGCUCACUAUAACACAAGUGAAACCCAACACACCUAAUUCUCUGCUUCUUUAAGCAGACAGAACCUCCUCUUUAAUUAAGGGAGCUGAAUCCAUUUGGUCCAAGGUUGGUCUCCUUUUCCAGAGGUUGAUUACUGUCGAUAAUUCUUGUGUGAUUGAUUACUGGAGUGCAGAUUGAGUUUCCUGGGUGACAGCUGCAGCCUUUGCAGAGAAAACCUCACUGACCCCAGCUAUAAAGUGAUCUCUUGUAUGAAUCUCGAAUAGCAAGUUAUAGAUGGGAGAUAUUUUGUAUAGUAUUAUACUUAAUGAUAUAGCUGAAAGAGUAUGUUACAAUAUCUUAAAAGUUUUAGAAUUGAAAAUUAAACAAGGAACCUCAGCAAAUCAGGGUCUCCUCCAUAUUUUCUGGUUCUAAAGAGUGUUGGCUUUAUCUCAAUCUCACUUCAGUCUACCAAUAUAAAUGCCCUGAGCCCAGCAGGGUUAUGGAACUAGAAACAGCAUUUCUAUUUCUACCAGUAUUUUUCUAUUUUACUCUAAUCCCAGCUAGCACCAAGCAAAAUAGAGAUUGAUGAUUGACCUGGUUUUUAGAGAAAAGUAUUACCAAAUGUGUUGAAAUGAAAAGGAAGGUUCAGGUCAUUUUAAGUGACUCAUUUAAACUCAAGGCUGUUUUUGAUUUUUAUCCAAGCUGGUUCUUCCAUCUCUAUUUGCAACAGUUAUAUAUAGGAAAUCAAGAUAAAUUUGAGUCACAUUUGAAUAGUGGGGUUGUUGCAGAGCACAGCAAUUCAUCUGGCACAUGCAGAAUGGAACAUGUUGGUGGCACUUGGUCAGGGUGGACCUGAACCAAACCCUGGUUCUGAAACCCCAAGUUCUGGAAAACCCAUGCACAGGGUCAAACUUGGGAAAUAUCUGCAAUGGACCAAUAGACUCUGAGCUGGGCUCCAGGCCCAGUUCUUGAAACGAUGAAUUUUACCUUCAGAGAAUCCCUGUGGAACAUUUAGUGGGGUUUGUUUUUUUUGUUCUUUGGGUUUUGGGGUUAUGUUUGGGGAGUCCUUUGUUCUUUUUUAAAUUCCAGCAUAGCUGCUUUUCUCCAUCUGUUUCCAACCAUUGCAGAGCAGGGAUGGAUGGGCUUGUAAUUCAUUUCCCUUAGCAGGAGGCAGUUGAAAUCUAGUGAUAUUCUGUCUUCCUCUCACACUCACCAUACAGUCAUUGAGGGGCUGCAGUACACAGAUCUUUUUUUCCUUUUUCUCCCCCUCUUUACGACAGAAGAGCUUUUUCCAGAUUUAGUGUGAUGUCUAAUGAUGCAUCUGCUUAAAAAGAAGAAUGUCUAGGAAAUAAAUUGCACUGCUAACUGGUGUUUAUAGAUAUUGUGAAGCAAGUGUUGAAUGUAAGAACAAGAAAGCCUGUGAGUUAUAAUUACAUGCUGAAUUCUGACACGUAAAAUUGUUGUUAGUUUGCUUCUUAUUUAAAUGAUGGGUGAUCUAAGCAGCUUUCCCACUGUGUACAGCUGUGAUUAUCAGUUAGAAGACACCCAGGGUCUUUUGGAAAGAGGAAACCUGUCUAGCCAAAUCUCUUGUAUUCUCUGACAUGAUGACACAUUCCCCCCCUGAUAGUCUGGAUUUUGUGACACUGCCUAGCCUGGAAGCACAGGAAAGGACUAUCAGCCUGCUGACUUUGCUGUUCCUAGUCUUUGCCUAUUUUCUCAAACACAAAUCCUAUCCCAAACUAGGGUGAGCAGCUCCCAUCACAUCAGCCUGAGUUACUCAUGCUACUCUUCUCUGAGAAGCAGGAACUGCCUUCGCUCACGGCCCUGCAGCUCUUGGGGCUGCACACCUGCCAACAGGUUGUGUUGAGGGAGGGAGAAAUGCAGCUGAACCAGAACCCGAUCAUAGAUUACUGUCUUAGGUCAUUCAUCGAGUUUGUGUGAUUUCAUCAUUAACAACAAAGCUGCAAUAUAAUAUAACUAAGAGGCCCCAGUGUAUUUUCUAUUGUCGUUCAGUGGGUGGGGGUUGGAGGGGCAGCUGGGUUUAAAGUUUAGCUGGUAUACUUUAAACUCUGUGUACAUAACCUUGGAGGGCACAGGGGUGGUGAGGAUUUGGUUGUUGUUUUGGUUGGGAUUGGUAAACUUCAGUAUGUUUUUGUUUAAAUAAUAAGGUAUUUAAUUAAUGACAUUGUACAAAGAGCUAUUAAUUUAAAUGGUGUUUUUGUUCUCAUAAACCAGAUCUACUAACCUUUCUUUUUGGCAAGCCUGCAGCAAAGCUGAUCAUGUUGACUUUUGUACCUUGGGAGAGUGCGUGGAAGGGGAGGGGAAAUGCUUUUCUCUUCAGACAGAUAAUGUUGCCCAUAGUUAACUUUCUGCUUGGAUAUAUACCUUGAAUUCCCUUUAUGCUGAAUUUUUAUGUGAAGGUCUCUCAAAGGGACAGAACAAGCAGAGGUUAUUCCAAAAGAUCUCAACUGUAUCAUCUUGUAAUAUAUUGCAGCUUUAUGCCAAUGAUUCCUUGCUUACCUGUACACAGUCCAUGCAUGUUUUGAACUAAUUUUGCAUUCUCCAUUUGUGGUGAGUUAUUCAGCAUUUUAACCACCUUUUGUGCCAUUCAACUUGUACAGAAAACAUUUUUAUUGACGUUUUAAAGGGAGGGGGAAGAAAAUAAAAAGACCCCUUCUGCUCCCUAGUUGUAGGUAGAACUCAGUUACUUAGCAAACAGAUGUAGAUGAGUGGUUGUAGUGUUAGAAAUGUUAGCUUGCUCGUGAACAAGCUCUUGAGAGUAAAUGCAUGGUCCUGUACCUCUCUUUUCUUAAUUAGCUCUUCCUUUCCUCCUGGAGAGAUUCUCCCUCUCUCUAUUACUCUGUCUUUGUCUCUCUCGUGGUUGUAAAGUACAGAUUUGGGCAGAAAUAAAACGAUACACGACGAGGUUUGAAAAGCAGUUCUCAACAGGUUCUCUCGGGGAACGUAUUUCUCACAGCACCUUGCCUUGGCACAUUGAUUAAACUCUUAACUUUCAAGGUAAAGCAGGAGGAGAUCAGCCGUCCGUUGCCUCUGCUUGAACUGGGGAACAAGUUAAACCUUUGGAAGUUUGUGGCUCUGACGAGGUCUGGCUGAUCCUUUGCAGCUGAGGCAAGAGGCACGUGGUGCAUCGGCCGUGGCCUCCUCACCUGGUUGUGGCUGUGCCUGGGACUCGUCCCACGGCCCCUGAUUUGCGGAGUUUGCACAAACACUUUUUGAUUUUCCUGGACACGCAGCGCGAGGGGGUGAGGGGUGGAAUACAGGGGUUAUGUUGUUAGGGGCUCUGUAGACAACUCCUUCUCCACGCUCCCAAGCUCUGAGUCAAGUACACAGGGCUUCUUGUUUAUUAGCUGUGGUUCUGUUGGCAACGGAGGACAGAAAACCGUCAAAUUCUUGGAAAAGAUGGGGUCACUCACAAAGACGUGAUUUUGUAAGAAAUGGACUUAAAAAAACCCCACAAAGCCCUGCCACAAAACCACCAAGUGUACCUAGAUCCACACAUCUAUUCCCCCAUGCCUCUUCUCCCUUAACAGAAUUUCCUUUUGUUAGAAGAUUUGACUUUCUAGGAAAAAAUUCCAUUUUUGUGAGGUGUUGUGAACUGUUUUUACUACUUGUAAUAACCAUCCCAGGUCUGAGUAUUCUUGUAAUGCAAUGCCAUGCAGCAGAGAACCUGUCCACUUUAUAGCUUUGCUCUCAAUAUUUGUUACUCAUUGUUUUCUCAUCUAAAUGUACAUUUGCAAGAUGUGUGUAAUGUCAUUUUCAAAAAAUAAAAUUUGGUUUCAAUAUUUAGGCCGAUAAAAA